CUCUGUUUUCCUGAAGCAAAUACGCUUCUCAGUUCCGCAUCUAUCUCAUUCCGCUUCGUCAGUCAGUUGAUCGUGUUCUUUCUUUCUCGUGCGUCGUUCAAUCAAUGCUUUUUUUCUGUGGUGUGGGGGUGUUAGCGUAGCGUGAUAGAAUUUCUGGUCAAGUAAAAUUAAAUAUUGAAAAAAGUACUUCACAUAGGGGCAAUACUUGUCGUUAGAAAUGGCAAAUGAAAAAAAAGAUAUCGGCGAAAUCGUCAAGAAAUGCAAAAUCCUUUUGUUGGACAUCGAAGGAACAACAACAUCGAUCAGCUUUGUUAAGGAAAAGCUGUUUCCGUAUGCCGAGGAAAAUGUGAAGCAGUUCUUGGACAGCCAGUGGGAGUCUGACGAUGUGAAGGGGGCGGUCAGUGCUUUGAGGAAACUUGCUCUCGAGGACAAAGAGAAGAACGUGGAUGGCGUAGUUGCGAUCCCUGGCGAGGAUGCUUCCAAGGAAGACCAGAUCGAAGGUCUAGUGAACAGCGUGAAAUGGCAGAUGUCCUCCGACAGGAAGGCUGGGCCGCUCAAGUUACUCCAGGGUUUGAUCUGGAAGCAAGGCUACGACUCUGGAGAUAUCAAGGGCCAUGUUUACGACGACGUUUUGCCUGCGCUCGAGCAAUGGCGUGCGACCGAAGGUCAGAAGAUCUACAUUUACUCGUCUGGCUCCGUGGAUGCUCAGAAACUUCUGUUCGGUCAGUCGUUGGCCGGAGAUUUGUUGCCACACAUCGACGGCCACUUCGACACCGCUGUGGGUGCAAAGCAAGAAGCCGUUAGUUACGUGAAAAUAGCGGAGAAGAUCGGCUGCCAACCUGCAGAAAUACUGUUCCUCACUGAUAUUUUGAAAGAAGCCGAAGCUGCCCGGGAGUCCGGCCUAGAAGCGGCCCUAGUCAGUCGUGAAGGCAACGCCUCCUUGCCAGAUGACACCACGUUCCCAGUAAUUCACAGUUUGCAACAAUUGGCCGUCACCAAUAAGAGAAAACCAGACCCCCAGGAAGAGAUACCUGCAAAGGUGCCGAAGACUGACAUUGAAGACGACGUAAAGACAAAUGUUGAGCUAGAAGAAAAAAUAGUUUCUCCCGCACCAACAGAAAACAAGGAGACAGAAAACAAAGAGACUGAAAAACCAGAAACUAUGGAAGUGGAAGAGACUCCUUUAGUAGAAGAAACUAAAGAAGAAAAAGUUAAGGAAUUGCCAAUGGAGACAGUAGUUGAAGAAAUUUUAGAUGCAAAGGAGGCAAUCGACGUACCUGUUGUCGAUGCAGAACCAAUCAUCACUGAAGAAAAAGAUAAGACUGAUGAGAAUGAGACUGAAAAGAUGGAAGCAGAGACGAUCGAAACUAAAGUAUCGGAUGAACCAAAGGAAUCUACAGAUAUUAAAAAUGGUGAUGUCAGUGAACCUGUUGCUGAGGAAACGCCUCCUACUAUUAUUACAGAAAUCGAAGACAUAACGGAAAAACCAGAUCUCGCCAAUGUUGGAGAAAAAAUUGAUGAUAUCGAGCCUGUUAUCGAGGAACCGCCAGCCGUCGAAGAUAUGGAAGACUUACAAAACGUCGGAGAAGUCCUAGAAAAAGAAUGCGACGAGAUUUUGUCAAAGGUGCAAGAUGUUACGAAUUUAGAUAACAUUCCAGUAAAACCUUUACUGAAUCCUAUCGCAGAAGAAACCCUAGAAGCCGGAAACGCGGACUCGAACGAUAUCGUUGACAGGAUACUGGAUACGGAACUAGAACUCGAAAUGAAACAAUGCGAAGAUAUCGAUUUGAAUACAGUACAAGAAAUAACAGACGCGAAAUCGGAAGCGGUAGAAGAGAAAAGCGAAAAAGAAGAAUCUAGCACGGACGACGCAAAAGUUCCUGAAGAGAAAGCACCUGAAGUGGUCGAGUCAAAUAAUGUUACAGAUGGAAAUGCAGUAAGCAGUCCUAAAGAAACAAAGGCGGAAACUAAAACGGAGGAAAGUACACCGAAGGCAGAGGACAAAACGCCGGAAGUUGAAAGCAAAGAAGCAGUCGAAACUAAGCCUUCGGAGGAGCAGCCAGCAGCAAAAGCAGAGGUGGUUGAGGAACCUAAGGUGGAAUCAGAAUCCCAAGUGAACGGCAAUGUGACAAAUGGCGACGCGGCACCUGCCAAUGUUAACGGCGAUGCCAGUAAAGACGAGGAACUGAGUUCUAGAUUGUCUGUGGAAGAGAAUGGGAAGGUAGAAGUUAAUGGCGGGGCUAAUGGUAACGCGAACGGUGCCUCCCAUGAAGAUUCUGAGACCGAAAAGACAACUAGCAAAGACGAAGUCCCCGAUAUUAAAGUGAAGACUGUGGCUGUUGACGAACCACGCACCGACCCGAUAGAGCAACCUACGGAAGCAUAAAACAUUUUUUGUACGUGCCGGACAGAAACAGCAGGGCAAAGCAGCGUUGUUGGUUCACAGCCGAUUGACAAGACUGAGGUUGCUUCCACGCAUUGACAUCACCCCCUAGAUAUACGUGUACUGAAACUCCAUUGUGUAAAUCGAUGCAAAAACGGUGACGUACUGUGUACACGAUCCCAUUAUUUAUACGGGCUCUAGUGAUAUUGGUGUCGAUUCUGGCAUGAUUCUCUAAAACCUAUACUUAAGUUUGACAACAGUGUAUCCUUGUCAUUCUCUAUACAUAAUGAAAAAGACUGAUGUCAAAUUUAGUUUUAAUUUAGAGAAUCAUGCUAGAAUCGACGCCACUAUCGAAAAAUAUGUAAGACAUUAAUUUUUACAUGCACUAAUCUUGGAUAGCUGAAUACCAGAUCCGUUAGUAUUGAGAUUAAAACAUUAAAAUGUCUCAUACCAUACCUUUACUUUGCCAACUCUGCAAAGGAUAUAUCUUUUGGUGCUCACUAAUAAGACGAGGCUUAACAGUCCCAGUGACUUACUAAAACAUUAUAAAUUUAUUUGAUUCAAGUCUAUGCUCAUUUAUAUUUCUUCGAGGUAGCCCUAGGCAACAAUAACCAUUUAAGUUUGCAUUUUUUGGAUAAGUUCAACCCUUUGCAAAGCUGGCACUGUCAAAGAUGUUGUGCAUAAAAAUAUAAAAAUUCAGCUUGUAAGAAGCUCAGAUGCGUAAAAAACUAUGUCGUACAUACAGUAUUAGACUUAAAUAUGCGUUGGGCGAGAAAGUUGUUGUUUUAACACCCUACGCAUAUUCUAAAGUGAAAUAUUUGUGUCAUCAGGUUUUUUAAAACAUCGAAUUACUCCAAAUCUUGCUUGAUUUACAAUUCAUAAUUAUUAAGAGAAUUUGAAAUUUUGUGAAAACUUGAUGUUUUUACUAGCUAUACGGCUCCUUUCAUUCGCCGAUCGCGUGCUGCGCUGGUCGAGUUAGCAAUUCACAGUUUCGCAUGUGCUCUCGACCGGGCUGGACGUGUUCUGUCACGUACUUUUAUCAGUCAUGACAGUUAAUGAAAAAAAUCUAUUUUGAUUUCUGCACUAUAUAUCACCACAAUAAAAAACGCCGUGAUAGCGGAAAAGGAAAAUUGUUCAUGCAUUCUAUAACUUCAGAUGGUUUGUUAAGUGGUGCAUUCGUUACACUGUAUUCGCAAUUGCGGGAAGAUGUUUUUUUAUGUGUCCUCUCGCUUUCCUGCGAUUUGUGGGAGUGAUUUCGUGAAAUGGGACGGAAGUGUGUAACAGGAAGUCACGAAAGCGCGCGCUAUUUGAUUUGAUUUUAGAACAUAAUGUUUAAAUGGCUUAUUCCUUUUCUAGUAGGUUUUACUUCUUUUUUUACUAAUAUAAGGUGAGGUUUCAAAUGUUACACAUGAUACACGACUACUGUAAGGCACGCUCGUUUUUUAUUAUUUUAGCAUGUCAAUAAUCACGUUUGACAAACUGAUUUUUAAACCCUGUCCUGUCCAAAUACGCGACCGGCGAUACGCCGAACAAUGAAAGGAGCCUAAAGAAACAGUGUUGUAAGGUAAUUAGUAAGUAAUCAAUUAUGAAGCACAAACGUUAAUAUAUUUUCACAUCGGGAACAUUUCUGCAUUAUGUUACUUGCUGGAAAUUAUUGUUUUACGAUCCAUACAAGCUGUAAGUUUACCAACCCUGAUGCUGGCACUUCACAUGGUUAUUCGUAUUUGCUAUUUGUAAACUUGACAACAGUCUGUCCUUUCAUUCCUUACAGAGCAUGAUAAGAAUAUAAUGCAGCACAAUAUUCCUAUUCAUUGAGAUUAUUUUAUUAUGCUUAUUGUCAUACGCGUUAUUAUUAGAAAUUGAAUCGUUAUACCGGCACUUCACUUGGCUAUUGGUGUUUGCCAUGUGUUAACAUGACAUCAGUAGUCAUUCUCAUUCCUUGUAGAGCAUGAUAAGGACAGACUGGUGUCAAGUUUACAAAUAGCAAACACGAAUAGCCAAGUGCCGGCAUUACAAUUAGUAUUUACCAAUUACACCUUGGAGACAUACCUUACUUUAAAUACCAUGCAAGUAUUCAGAAUGUUAUAUAUGUAUUAUGAAUGUUCAAAUGGCUAUUUCAAUUUGUUAUUUGUAAAUUUGAGAGCAGUCUCUCCUUUUCAUUCCAUAAAGAGCAUAAAAAUGUGCUGUCAUGUUUCCAAAUAGCAAAUACAAAUAGCCAUGGGAAGUGCAUAGAGAUAGCGUAUAGAGUAACCCACAGUGAAUUACUGGACAUUCCUAUCGCAUUGACUGUGACAUGCUUUCUAAGUUAAGAAAAAUGAAGUCAUCUUCUGGUGCUCCGUUUUAUCUUUUGCGCGACAGUCCACAAUAGUUCGGUCAUUGGAAAAUGUAGUAGCCGGAUGUAAUUUUUGUAUUUAUUUAUCUAUUCUCUAUUUAUUGCAUUGACACAAUAGUGUAUAAUUAAAUAAUUAAAACGCGAACAAAUAUCCGAUGCGAUGGUAUUAAUUUUGCGGCUGUCGCGCAGAAAAUUUGCUUAUGUAUACAUUACGUCACCGUUUUUGAUAAUUGAUCUAAGGUAAGUUUUAUUCAUAAGUAUUAACUGUAUUGUGAUUCUUAAUUAUCGUAUAAUGUAACUAGAUUUUUCUUGAAUUUCGCCCAUUGCCAAACAUCUUGUAUUGUUCCUUUGACGUUGGUCCACAAGAUUAUGAAUGUAUGUGAUACUGAUAUGUUAAGACUAGUAAGGUAUAGAAUGGAUUCGAUCGGCUGUGUUUAAGAAAUAUUUAUUAAUUGAAAAUAUUAUGUAUGCGCUUUAAGUAUCCGCGUA